AGGUGGGCUGCUGUCCUUUUCCCAUAAUUAUGAGUUCCGUCCCAUUUCUUAUUGCUCUUCUGUUCAUUCUGUGGAUUUCAUUAUCGACAACCUUCCUGCGAUGAGGAUAAUCAGCAUGACAGCGACCCACGAAACCGUUCCCGGAACCGAGGUGUAUGGGCCAGGGACCUUCAUUGACAAGAAUGUUCUCCCAGUGCCUACAGAUGCUCGCCGUGUAUUCGAGGUUCUCGCUUCACGAACCCCCGGGUUCACCAAGAACAAAGCAGCAUGGGAUACAGUCCACUUUGAAGGUCGGCCGGAGCCCAUGGUUCAAGGUCCGAUCAAGUCACCCGUCAUGGCGGCUGCAUUACAUGCCAUGGCAGGCCUUGUAGCUAAUGAGCUUUUGGAGCUUCGAGAUGGAAAGACCAUCACCGAGAACAGCGUUACCAUUGACACCGAUCACGCAGGCAUUUGGCUUGGCUCCGUGUUCACCACAUAUAUCAACGGCUCCGACGUAACUGCCCUGGCACGGUCAAGGAGUCUGGGUACACUCUUCAAACAAGAUUUCGACCAAGGCUUUGGCAAGGGGAUAUCGAGUCGGGCAACGGCCAUCUAUCAGACCAAAAAUCCCCAUGUGUGGUACCAGCUUCAUGGUUCACUCGAUGCAAACACUGCUCUCGGGUCCAUGGGAAUCAACCCCGAUGUGGCCUUCAACACACCUCAAGAAUAUUACGACUAUAUCCAACAACAUGUUAGCAAGUGGACGCCUGACGAGCUUGAAAUGCACAAUAUCCGUCAUGGUCUGUGCGGAAGCAUCUGCUAUUCUCCAGAGGGUUGGAGGAAGACAGAGUUCGGAAGACGACUAUCCAAGCAUCCGUUGAUCAAUGUGACAGCCGAGACCUAUGCUAGGCCUACGCCUCCAGUACCUCUGAUCAAGAGCCUGUCAGAUAAACGGCCGUUGGCUGGGGUUAAAGUCCUGGAGAUGGUGCGUAUUAUUGCAGGGCCACAAAUCGGCGUUACCUUGGCAUCCUACGGAGCGGAUGUGAUUCGGGUGAACUGCAGCAGACUUGCUGACCUUAAUGCACUCCAACUAACUCUCAAUGCCGGAAAAAGAACGGUUGAUUUUGACAUCACCAAGACAGAGGACAUGGAACGGUUGAAAGAGCUCCUCGCAGAUGUCGACGUCUUCAUCCAAGGAUUCCGAAUGGGUUCGCUGGACAGAAAAGGACUCGGUCUCCAUGACAUGCUAGAGAUGGCAGCUAGGAGGAACAAGGGGAUCGUCUACGUUGAUGAGAACUGUUACGGACCCGAUGGCCCAUUCGCCGAGCGUCCUGGCUGGCAACAGAUUGGAGACGCUGCUUCGGGUAGCUCAUAUGUUAUGGGACGGUCCCAGGGGUACAAGGAUGGGAAGAGCGUGCUUCCGCCACUUCCUGUAUCUGAUAUGAUAACGGGUCUUGUUGGUGCCGUCGGUGCGAUGAUCGCAAUCAGAAGACGGGCAGUAGAGGGAGGCUCAUACCAUGUUCAUAGCUCCUUGGUUGCUGCGGAUACUAUUGCGUUGGAAAAGGAGAUAGGACUAUACCCCCCCGAGGUCGUGCAGGACACAAUCAAACGGUGCGGGUUCAAGGAGAUCACCCCUGACCAGUAUGUGACUGAGAUUCUGUUCUCGGUCAUUGAUGGCUGGAAGAAGGGACUCCCUCACUAUCUGGAUGAGAACUCGAGGUUCAUGACGACAUUUGAGGAGGGGCAUUGGGGUCGUCAGUCACUUUUGAAACCUGUUCCAAGGCUGGGUGUCGAGGAGUCGACGCCGAGGUGGACUUCUCCUCCAGUCCCACACUGCCACCAUGACAGGGAUAUCAGUUGGCUUUGAGUAGCAACGAUGACGAGUUCAUUGGAGACAAAUAGAUAAUAAGCCAGUUUGAGGCGGAUGUCAAU